AUGUCUGCCACACAGCCUCUCCCUGUUUUGAUCGUUCGCAUAAUCGACAGGGACCAGCAAUUCCACAUUGGACAACGCGGCGCUGGCAUACAGCCCAGGACUUUGGAGGCGUACAACCUAUUGGGUGUUUUGCCUGAUAUCGUCUCCAGGGGCAUGGACCUACGUCCGUUGCGGUUCUACAAGCUUCCUGGAGGUGUUGAGCCGUCCAAAACGUUCAACAUGUUUCCCCUGGAGGAUCCCACGCCGGGUACUCCAUAUAUUAACACACGAGUGCUCGGGCAGGCGAAGGCAGAGCAAGUACUGCGUGAACAUCUGGCUACGUAUGGAUGUCAUGUUGAGCGCGGCACGGAGCUGUGCAGCUUCGAACAGAAUACCGAACAUGUAGUGGCACAUCUCGUCAAGCGCGAUGGUGACGAAGAGAUCGCUGAGACCGUGAUCUGCAGCUGGCUUGUCGGGACAGAUGGGGCAAGAGGCAUCGUACGUAAGCACCUCGGUCUCACAUUUCUCGGGGAAGCGCUUGCAGGGCAGAUUGUCUUUGGCGAGAUAGUAGUCAAGAACUUGACCCGUGACUACUGGCAUUGUUGGGGGGAAUUCGGUUCUAAGAUGGCAAUCUUGCGUCCCACGGAAGAUGAUGAGAUCUACAACUUUAUCGUUUCGGGAAACAUCGACUUGGAGAAGAUCUACGAGGAUUAUGACACACUGGUUCAGACAUUGAAAGAGAUAUCCGACAGGCAGGAUCUCAUUUUCGGCGAGAUCAAGUCGAAAUCUAACAACAGUCCAAAUGUUCGCGUGGUGAAUAAAUUCUCCGAAGGCCGAGUCUUUGUUGCAGGAGACGCUGCACACGUACACAGUCCCACUGGUGGCCAGAUGCUCGGUGUCAACUACCGCUGGAGCUCUAUCCUGCUUGACGAGCGCCACCCCCAACAGACGUCCGGGAAGGAGAAGCCACUUAUAGACGCAUACGGAACGAAUACGAGCGAUGGGCUGCAUGCCGGUGACCGAGCCCCGGACGCCACAGGUCUCGCCGUAGUCGAGACGGGCAAUGUCGGGGCCGAGACGACGUCGUUGUUCCGCAUUUUCAGCUCCACCCGCCACACCGUCCUCAUUUUCUCCUCAGACAGCGAUCAAAUUACAGCCGUACUCAAAUUAGCGAAGAAACUCCUGUCUCGAUUUGUCCGCACCGUCGUCGUUCUCCCACGGGACUCAGCUCCUUUGUCAGCCACCUCUGGCGCGGAUGUUGUAUGCAUCGACCAAGACGGGCAUGGGUAUACGGGGUACAGCGCCGGGACGGAAGGGGCGACUGUAGCUGUUGUGAGGCCGGAUGGCGUCGUCGGCGCUCUUGUCGGCGGGCCGACAGGUCUGGAAACCUACUUCAGGAACGUGUUCUCGAACGUGAAGGCUUGA